AUGGCUCAUCUUUCGAAACCGCUUCCAACCCAAUUCACCAAAAAGCAGAUCGCUUUCCUGGUAUCGCAUUUUGAAUUUAGUAAUGACGUUCUUGAGGACAUAUCUGCUUACUGGGUAGCAAAUUCUUAACAAAACUAAGAUAUAAUCUGUUAUAUUUCAGGAAGCCCUGGCUAAGGAUAAGAGCGAGCGAUUGUUCAGAUAUCCGGCCAUAUUGUGCCGUGAGAUGCAACACUUUUGCACUCGUCUUGUUCGCAACCUUCAGACUACGGUAAGUCAGACUUGAAAUUCUCAGACCCGGUCCCGUCAGCUCGGCAGGGUCCAGUUGUGUUCAAAAGUUUUCAAAAAUUCGUUCAGCUGACACUCAUUUUAGCAACUUUACCGCACGUGUUUUUUCACUUAAGAAAAUUCUGGAAAAGUAAACAUCCGGGCCUUGAAAGUCUACGGUAGGUGGUCCCAUUUUCCAAUAAAUCCAAAAAAGAGGAUAGUGAUGUCGUCUAGGCGCAUCAAAUGCCACGUUGCUUGAAGCGAGAAAUGACGUUUUCAGCCGAUUCGUCUUUCGGACGUCUACCGCGUUGGAGAACAGCUUUCCGAUCAUUUCUACGGAAGAUAUCUAUCACUGGUAAAUCCUCGUUUCCUUCCCCCAUUCUCGAAUGUCCCGUUUCAGGGAGAAAUAGCAAACAGAACGUUCUCAAACGGCGGUUUUUCAUACGACAACAUCCGAGACUGCUAUGAGUCUUGGCGAAAUGAAAUAGGGAGGAAUUCCGUGGAAGAGUGCAACCUCAGCUACUGCUCAGUCGCAGACGCCUGCAACGAUUUACACCACCAUAACUUCAUGUCCUUGUUCCUUAUUGACACAACAAUUACGAGUCCAGAUUUCCGCGACUUGAAAGAAAUGCUCACUCCAGAAAUGUGAACACAUCCACUUUCAGAUGAAUCCGAAAUGUUAUCAGUUUCAGAAAAGCAUUCGAGGACACUCUAACGGAUCGGGAAAUUGAGAUGUUAGAACUGGAAGUGCAGAGAGAACCCAUUGAAGAUCUGUCGGAAGAAGAGGAUUCUGAAGUAGACGAAGAAGAGGAAAGUGAUGAAAAUGAAGAUGAAGAUGAUGAGGACGAGACCACAGACGAUGAGUUUGUCGAUGAUGUGCGGGAGGUGCUGGAUGAAAUAACCUCUCUUCUUCCACGAAACCGUGAUCAUCCAACAGACGAUUCGGAUGACUUCAUGGCACAACUGGAGAAAGCAAAGCCGUUGGAGAGAUUGGCGUCGGUUGAGUCUGGCGAAGAGAGUUACUACGAAUCGGAGGACGAGACAUACAUUCCGCCAGUACUCGAGUACAUCCCGUUAGAAGAUGGAGAGUUCACGCUGUUCGAGCAUUCGUUCGACUGCAAUCCUGUCCAAUUGUGGCAUCUUCGGGUGAGCGCAAGUUUUUUCUCCGCUAGAACUUGUGAUUUCUUUACAGAAUAUCAUCCACAAUGAGUACUACCUCGACGAGAUUCAAUUCGAGUGA